AUGGUCGAGUCGCACUCCCAGGCGACAGCCAGCAAGCCUUUCGGGAGCAUUUCGCCAAAGUUCGAGGACCGUGACGACCUUCAGAUGCCAGGUCGACAUCAUCCCUAUGGUUGGUUUUCAUUUAUUCAAUUUCUAGUUUGUCACGUGUCACGUCUUGAAACUGUCUAACCUGUCUGCGCCCUUUUUUCUCUCGUCGGUAAAAUCAGAGAAUUUUGAAAUUUGCAUGGAAACUUGAGAGCGUCGGGGAGAAAAGAGAGGGUGCAGAAAGUUAGACUGCUUCAAGUUUUGAGGACUGAGGGGGUACUUGGGAUUUUUGAAAAUGGCAGUCCCAAAUUUUUGAGCUUCAAAAUUGGCAGUCCAAAAUUUUUGAGCUUCAAAUUUGGCAGUCCCAAAAUUUCUGGUUUAAAAUGGCAGUCCCAAACUUCUUAAAAAUUGGCAGUCCCAACUUUUAGAUCUUGAAAUGGCAGUCCCAAAUUUCGAGGUUUAAAAUGGCAGUCCCAAAUUUUUGAGCUUAAAAUUUGGCAGUCCCAAAUCUUACGAACAAAAAUUGGCAGUCCCAAAUUGCGAGCUCAAAAAUGGCAGUCCCAAAUUUCUCAAGGUUGAAAAUGGCAGUCCCAAAUUUCCUGGUUUAAAAUGGCAGUCCCAAAAUUUCGAGCUCAAAUUGGCAGUCCCAAAUUUUGAAGCUUAAAAAUUGGCAGUCCCAAUUUUUCGAGCUUAAAUUGGCAGUCCCAAAUUUCGAGGUAAAAAUGGCAGUCCCAAGUUUCGAAGCUUAAAAAUUGGCAGUCCCAAACUUUUCGAGAUCCAUAAUCAAUGGAAAGAUUUUAAAACUUCCUCAAAAUACUCCGAAAAAAUUCAUAAACUCAGCACCUGCGAUCUUUCGAUCAUUUCCUCUUUGAAAAUCGAUCUAACUUUUCGGAAAUCCAACAAUUUUCCCGUACAAAUUGGGCGUGGGAAGCGCAACGUUCAUUUUGUUUUCCCAAAGUCGAAAAACGUAAUUUCGGUGGCGAAAUUUCCGUCCGAUAAAUCAUUACAAAUUUGUAUCAACAAUGCGUCACUUCUCAUCAUUAAUUUCGUAAUGAGAGAAAAUAUUAUUCAAACAUGUCAGAAUUUCGAAUCAUUUCUCUCCUUUGAAGCGUCUACAUUUUUUGUUGAAAAAUUUUUUUUCUGUUUUUCAUCAUUAUUAUUGUUUAUUGUCACGCUUUCAUGGAGCUUUUUUCUGAUGAUCCAUUUUUUUUUCUCUUAGUACCCUCUGAGUUUUUUUUUUCAUAUUCGUUCUUUUUUUCGAAAACGGGGGUGCAUUUUUUCCUGGAGCACAGUUUCUCAAAACAAGACGGCCUCAUUUCUUUGCUCUCAAGUAUUUUUUCCAUAGAAAUAGUUGAAAAAUGCAUUUCUCCAUAGGGCGAAUUUCUUGCUUUAAAAUAGCCUAGAUUUAUUCUCGGUCAUGAUCCAGUUCCUUAAAAUUAUAAAACUAAGAGGCUUGCUGAAAAAUAAUAAGAAAAACGCUUAAAAGUCAAAAUUCUUCCUUAUGUUCCAGUAAGGAUCGAACUUCGAUUGUAAUAAAUUGAUUGAAAAACAAAAUUUAGAGUUGGAAAACGAUAAUUGAAUUUCAUAAAGGUUGAAUUAACGAUAGAGUACACUAAUUACCUUCAAAAGAGCCUAAACUUUAUAUCAAUUUAAUCUUAUGAUCUUGACUUUUAAGACCAGAAUCUUUAAGUUUUCAGCCUCAAAAUGGAGUUUCAGCUCAAAGUUCUCAAUGGAGCAUUCUUGCCACCUCAAAAAAGCCUCAAAUUUACAUCUAUUUUUGUAGCUCGGAAUUUUAUGUUUCUAAAUGUUAACUUCUCAUUAAAAGUUUCCCAAAACUCAAAAUUUCUCCUCAUCUCACAGCUUAAUCGACUACCGUAAUCCUCUCUGGGAAAAAAAGUUGCGAUUGCCUGUUGGCAGGUGAGGAGAAUGAGGCAAUAAACGGGCGCCCAUUUUUGCUGUAUGUGUUGUAAAACAACGGCGGCCGCCUUCUGUUUUUGUUUCGGCCCCCGCUCAACACAAAAUUGGGAGUUUAUGGCCACCGCAGAUAAACGUGUACCUCCCCUGUCAUUGUGUAAAACUAUCGCCCGAUCAGAGCUGAUCUUGUCUCUUGCGAGCAAAUUGAUGAGCUGGACGAGAAAAAUUGGAGCUGGAGAAGGGAUGAGGCUUUUUUUUGGUGAUAAAUGUGCUCUUUUGAUAAUGUCUUUCUUCUUAAGUAAUUAUGAAGUACUCAGGAACUCCAGAGUGGUCCCUAUAGGGGCAACUUUAAGGGCUCUUCACGAAUCCCCCUAGGGAACACUUUACUAACACCUAUAGGGGCCUCUAAAGCUUGCAAAAGUGGUCCCUCUAGGGAAAAUGCUAGUCGAUAAUUGUUAUGAACCCUAAGCGAAGAAGCAUUUCCAUGCAAAAAACUGAAAAAAUAACCUUUUUUGAAUAAGUUUGAAUGACCCCUGUAGGGACCACUUAAACUUUAAGGGCUUAGGUGUGAGACCCUAAACCCCUGUAGCAACCAUCUUGAUUUUACCCCUUUAGGGACCACUUUUUCGGUCCCUAUAGGGGCUGUUUUUCCCCUAACACCUAUAGGAAGCACUCUAAAACCCCUGAAGAACCAAUUGAGUCAUGAUAAUUCGCAACAGAGCGACCUCGCUAUCAAGAGAAAUGGUUACUGUAGCGGUCCGAAUCGUUUACGAUCCCUAAUUGUCGGCCUGAACAAAAGAAGGCGCGAAAUCAGGUUCCCAAAGUGGUGGAGAAAUCAUUCCGAAUUAGUUUUGUCGCGAAAUUUUGAGGGUUACUGUAGGCCCAUUUUAGUUUCGAUCAGUUGAAAGAACUAUGGUCAAACUACAGUAUCCUCCUUAAAGAAACUACAGUAACCUUGUUAAAUUAAUGAUUAGGUCCUCUAAAGUUCUCCUUAACCUAACGGUAACAAGGGGGAUGAAAAAAUCAGCUAAAAUUCCUCCAAUCUCCACCGUAACCCGCUUAAUUUGUCCGGUGGAGCGCGAUAAUUGCGGGAAGAAAGAGCCGAGAAGCGUGUCUCGGAGACGAUGAGCGAUGGCUGAACAAUUAGCCGAUGAGCUGGAGGGUGCACCUAAUUAAAGUGCACCUCGAUUCAGCACGUGUCAGUGUGAUUUAGGAGGUGUCCUCCUUAGCGAAUUUAUCACUUCUGCCUGCUGUUUUUUUCGGGAGGAAAUCCUCAUUAUUCUUCUUCCUUUUUUUGGAAGAGGGCUUCUUGGCCUUUUGCUUGAGGAGAAGCUUAUGGGGAUACGGUGAACUGAGAAAAAGCUGAGGUUAAAGAAAAAUGCUGACUUUGUUUUAAAAAAAGGUUCUUUUGUUCUAAAAUUAUAUCAAUCACUGUGGUUGAAUGGCGGGAAAAAAGGCGAAAAAAGCCGCCAAGUUUGGAAUAUCUGCGCUCCAUUGAUAAAACUCAGGACUUGAAGUUGGUUCGGCCCUUGAACACUUCUGAUUUAAAGAUAUGAAAAACUACUGAUCAAAAAAUGAUAGCGAUUCCCAAAACUUCUAACCUGGCCCAGUUUCUAACCUCAAUCCAAUCGCAAUCAAACAAAUUGCUCUCUCACUCAUUCACUGAAGCGAAAAACAAAAAGAAAAUGGAGAAAUCGGUGGGUUUUUACAACCUGCCAUAUAUGGGGUCUAUCACGGUAUAAUUUUGGCCGCGGCGCCAAAUUAGCGUGCCUUUUUACGGCCGCUUUUUAGUACCGUUCACCACUCACACACGCGUUUUGUUUGUUGCCAAGCAAUGAAUUUUUGAUUUUAUUAAGGGGAAAGCUGGGAAACCAAAUAGCCUAAUGAGAUUUGGCCUAUUUUGUUUUAUAAAUGAUCAUGAAAAUGGCUGGAAAAAGCCAUCAAUAGUUGAAUCUUUUGCGCUCCAUUGAUAAUCAUAGUCAGAUUUUUCGUUAGCGAAAGUUUAGGUAUAGGAAAAACUAGUAGAGGAUUAGAUCUUUCUCGAUAAUAAAAAAAAUAAAAAAAUAAAUUUUCUAGGAACAGAGAAACAAAAGAAAAAAAACAAACUACCAGAAAAAAAUUGCUUUUGCGCUCUAAUGAUGAGAAAAAAAUCAUCUGCUUCUCUUACUUUAAAACUUCUUCUAACAAAAAAAAAAUAUAAAGAUCAAAUAACAACAAUUUUGAGAGAGUAAAGCUUCUAAAACCAAGAUUUCCAGUCGAAAUUUGUCAAGGAAUUCAAAAAACACUCACAAACCAAUUUCGAUCGUUUUAUGAACUCUUUUUCGGGAUUUAGCAGGGACAAGGAAAAAUUAACAAUUUGUCAAAUCGUUGUCGCGGGUUUCGUGACAGCUCCAUGUGCGCGCAAUGAAUAGAGAGGUUAAUUAUCCCAAUUUCCCGCUCAAUUUUCACCGAAAUUUCUUUUUCUUGUAUAAGGGACUUAGGGGUCUUUGAGGAAGCGUCUAAUAAAUUCUAGAAAACCUCUAUAUUAAAUUAUAGAAAAUCACUAUCUUUCUGUUCCCCUUCUCAAGUUCAACCAAAAAAUGCUCUAGCUUAUAAAAAAGUGAUUUUCAGACAACCGCGACGACGGCCAAAUGCGACGCUACCGAACCGCCUUUAGUCGGGAGCAAAUCGGGCGAUUGGAACGGGAGUUUGCCAAGGAAAACUACGUGAGCAGGAAAACGCGUGGGGAACUCGCAGCGGAGCUCAAUCUGCCCGAAGGAACUAUUAAAGUGAGUUGGAAAUCUCCCUAUUAUUGCCCAAGAUUCUUGAGAAGCUCUCGAAUAUUUUUUAUUAAAACUGAUUUCACUCCUAAGGCUGCAGAAUAUAUAAAUCAAGCUUUAUCUGAAAUAAAAAAACCGACUUCACUACUUAGGAAAAGGUUCUAAGCUAGGAUAAUUGACCUCUCCUACCUUUAAAAAAAUCAAAAAAAAUCUUCUUUUGGGGCCAUAACUAAAAUGACAUAUGAAUUAAUAAAACCCCACUCGCACCACGAUUUUCCACUGGGGAUUUAUGAUUUCCUCGCUUGCUAUCUGUCAUUUUUUCCCGGCUCUUGGAGCAUUUCGGAGCUCUGAGCAUGACGACGCCACUGAGCACAUCCUACUGUGGCUUCUCCGCCAAUCAUUUUCCCAGAACCUUCCUUUGGGGAUUCCCGCGCGCUUCCAGAAAGUGUCGCAAAGCAGAAGAAGCAUAUCAGUGGGUGGUACCGUAGGCUUGAGAAUCCGAGAAAGAUUCUACUAGCUUUUUAGGCUUUUCAGGCAGAAGAAUGGAGUAUCACUCUCGAGAUUAUUUCUAACUUGAAACUCUAAAAAAAAGUUAGUAACUCCAAGGUGCUCUUCCAAAGCUUCGUAGAAAAAGAUUAAGGAAAUGGGAAUUUUCAAGAGGAAAAACUGCAUUUAAUUGAAGAAAAGUAGAUGAGGGUAUAAUUAUUUGAAUCAGCAAAAAUUGAAAUAUAAAACUUUUCAGGCUCUACCUUACUGAAAUUACUCAAAAAUAGCCUUAGGAACAAUGAAAAAUGAUAUUUUUGGAGCGUAAUAGAUUUUAAUAGACUGAAAUGGAAAAUGAGCUUCUCGUUCAAAAGUUUAUUUUUAGCUACGAACUUUCGAGAAAUUCAAGAAAAAGCUGUAGCUGAAAAGUUUGGGACUGCCAAUUUUUAGUUCGUAAGAUUUGGGACUGCCCUUUUAAUUUCGUGUAAUUUGGGACUGCCAAUUUCUCGCUUUAAAUUUUUGGGACUGCCAGUUUUUAGUUCGUAAGAUUUGGGACUGCCAUUUUCAGUUCGUAAGAUUUGGGACUGCCAAUUUUUAGUUCGUAAGAUUUGGGACUGCCAAUUUUUAGUUCGUAAGAUUUGGGACUGCCCUUUUAAUUUCGUGUAAUUUGGGACUGCCAAUUUCUCGCUUUAAAUUUUUGGGACUGCCAGUUUUCAGUUCGUAAGAUUUGGGACUGCCAAUUUUUAGUUCGUAAGAUUUGGGACUGCCAAUUUUUAGUUCGUAAGAUUUGGGACUGCCCUUUUAAUUUCGUGUAAUUUGGGACUGCCAAUUUCUCGCUUUAAAUUUUUGGGACUGCCAGUUUUUAGUUCGUAAGAUUUGGGAAUGCCAAUUUUUAAUAUAUCAAAUUUGGGACUGCCAUUUUUUGUUCGUAAGAUUUGGGACUGCCAUUUUUUUUUCGUAAAAUUUGGGACUGGCAAUUUUUGGAACUGAAGAUAUGGGACUGCCAUUUUUUGUUUUUGAGAUUUGGGACUGCCAUUUUUAGUUCGUAAGAUUUGGGACUGCCAUUUUUAGUUCGUAAGAUUUGGGACUGCCAAUUUUUAGUUCGUAAGAUUUGGGACUGCCAAUUUUUAGUUCGUAAGAUUUGGGACUGCCAAUUUUGAUAUUGGUAAUUUUGGGAAAUUUUUAGUUCGUAAGAUUUGGGACUGACAAUUUUUAGUUCGUAAGAUUUGGGACUACUUUAAAAAAAGUUCAAUCAGGUUUAAAAAAAAAUCAAGAGCUUACUCCAGUUGCUUAAUAAUUAAUAUUUUCAGGUCUGGUUCCAAAACCGCCGGAUGAAAGACAAAAGACAGCGAGUUGGGGGCCUAGCCUGGCCAUUUCCACCACAACUGGCCUACAUGUUGAACCCAUUCGCCUACGAGAUGUGGAUGAACCGGGCUGGUAAUUAUCCCGCACCGAGGUUAGUUUUAAUUUUUUUAAACGGUAAUAUAAAAAAAUUUGGUAAAGAGGGAAGUCGGAAAAAAAUCAGAAAAAAAUUUAUCUAAUCAACUUUCCAACUUUUUUUCAAUUGAUACGAAUUUCCUUUUUUUAUUUUGAUAAUUGUAACCUAGAAGAGCAUGAGCCUUUAAGUUGACAUAAUAAAUCACCUUUCAGUCCUCUUUCCAUCGCUCAAACGGCUUCAUCGGACUCGCUGCCGACGCCGUUCGCGCUGGCCAACCAGCUGCUGACGUCAUCGCCGCUUCUGAUUCCGUCCGUGACGUCAUCGACGUCUUCAGAAGCGAAAGAUGUCGAAGAGGCCCCGCUUAACUUGAAUUUCUCCUCCUCGAGCAACUCCUCUGGAGACUCACCCACACGUCAAGUUACGACUCCAUCGAGUGAAUUAGUGGUCACUUUAGUGAACAAAGAGACCAUUUGA